UACUACUACUUCCGGGUCAGCUUCGCUCCAUGCAAUGACAUUGUAACCAAAUAUUUACGAAAGUCAAAUACGGGGUGUGUGUCUGUGCACGUUUUUUGCUAUUCAUGCUAUGAAUUUGUACCAGACAUUUACGAAAUCUAUACGGGGAGUGUGUCUGUGCCAGUUGUUGCUAUACAUGCUCUGAAAGACAAAGUUGACCGACAUAGUUUUACAAUAUGACACCAAUGUCUACGGGAUUCACAGAUGAGCGACAGGGCGAAGCACAGAGUCCUGUAGGAAUGGAUUAUAUCCCCACAGAAGAUGAGAGGAGAGUCUUCAGAGAAUGCAACCAGGAGAGUUUCUGGUACAGAUCCGUGCCUUUCUCAGUGGUCAGCAUGCUUGUCACUCAAGGCCUCAUCCAUAGAGGAGCUCUGACGUUGUCGUCCAGGUUUGGAUCUCUCCCUAAAGUGGCCUUUGCAGGGCUGUGUGGCUACCUGGCAGGGAAGAUGUCGUACAUGAAACAUUGUCAGGAGAAGUUCAAGAGGCUGGAGCACUCCCCUCUGGGAGAAGCACUGAGACAGAGGACCAGACCCAACGCACAGUCAGUAACACACACACACACAUACAUUCACUCACUCACUCACUCACACACACACACACACACACACACACACACACACACACACACACACACACACACACACACUCUCCUCUUCUCUCUCAGGUCGUCUCAGGGCCCCCAGUCAGAGAUGAGUGACCCCGACCAGGUGACCUUUGACCCCAUGUUCCAGGCCUCUGACCCCCAGAGCCAGGUCCCACCCAACGCCAGAGACUAUGGAUACAGUGACGCCCCCACCGCGGCACAGACCAGCCGCACCGCUGCAGACAUCGACUACAACAUGCCAGCCCAGUCGUUCCUGGAUGACGAGGAGCCCAGGAGGAAGCCAAUCAUGUACGAGGACCUAAGGAACAAGAACCGAGAAACCUAUGAGGUCACGCUUACCCAGAAGGCUGAGACGCUGCUCAAACCAGAGUCUGACCGGCCAGGGAGGACCGCCCCCAAGAAGGACUGGAAGAAGAACGUCUACGGAGACAGCUUGGAGGAGUGAGUCUCUCCAUCUGUUAUCACUGACAGUGCUGAUUGGACUACAAUACCCACAACCCCCUUGUGGUUGCUUUGCUAUUAUUUACGUCUCAAUUUAUGAAUGUAUGGGAUAAUCUCAAUUGCAUUUCCUUGAUUCCUUGCGUCCUCUCUCCUCAAAACCCAUUGGAUGAGGAGGUCAGGAGGUCAGCAGGUAGCCUAGUGGUUAAGAGCGUUGGGCCAGUAACCAAAAGGUUGCUGGUUCAAAUCACCGAACCAACUAGGUGAGAAAAAUAAAAAAAAUCAGUCGACGUGCCCUUGAGCAAGGCAAUUAACCACAAUUGCUCCUGUAAAUUGCUCUCGAUAAGCGUCUGCUAAAUUACUUAAAUAUAUUUUUUAAAUUAGGGCCUCCCCCCUCCUUGCUAGGAAUCAAGGAAAUUAGAUUCUCCCAUUUGUCUGUCUGAUUCUGUCUUUUGAAAACAUGUCAAUAAACCCAAUUGGUUUUGAAAUUGCA